UUUGGUUCUGUUUUGUCUUGUUUUGUCCUGUGUUUUCCUGCUACAUUUUAUCACAAUUUUUGCCUGUUUAGUGCCGUUUAGUUCCAUUUUCACUCAUUGGGCUGUGUUUUUAUUGAAUAACGUGCUGUUAAUUUGUGUAUUCCGAAAAAAUCCGCCUCAUCCGGGCAUCCGUGUAACGAUUCGUCGAGCCAGCUAACGUUGGACGGAUGAUGGCGCAAACCGGUGGAACACCCCGGUUAAGAGCACCGCUCACCGAGCUGCCGACCGUGCCACAAAUGCGGCCCUCGCCAACGGAAACGCCUGCGACGCCUACUGUGGUGACGCGCCGUGCUGCACUCAAUCCGCGCAUCAUCGAUAGUCCGAUGGCCAACAUACCGGAUAGUAUCCUCAGUCCAUCGCUGUCUCCUGAGGAGAUCGUCAUUCGACAGCGUGGCCGCCGCCGGAUGCCAAUCGUUUGGUCACCCGAUAAUCGGUCUCUGUUUCCAUCGCCGAUGAAGACGCCUACCAAAAGCAUUUCGACGAUGACGUUGCGUAGCUCACCUCGCAAACGUUCCCUCAUCCAGGAGCUGUCCGAGCCAUCGGCACCAGCUGUGCCAUCGGCCACCUCUCUCGGUACACCGUCGAAGCGGCUUUUGUCGGUUCGUUCCUCCAUCGGCGACACCCCUGGAUCCAGUGGGAAAAGACCGAGGGUCGAAGAGUCGGCCAUGAAUCGCCAGAAUGAAGGUAUUCCCUUGGAGACGAUUCUCAAGGGCUACAGCCAUGAGCAGCUGAUCGAGAUCAUCGGUACGCUGGUUAACGGUAACGAGCAGCUUGAGCGCACCGUGCGCUAUGAACUGCCUAUUCCAGACAUUGGGCCACUAGAGACUGAACUGAUAAAGCUUAAGAAGAACAUUUACGCCAGCGUGCCGCAGCAAAAGCUGUACAGCCGUACCGAUUGCCAUGGAUUUCUACGUGCCUCAACUCAUCUGGCCACCUUUAAGCAGACGAUCAACGCUCACUCGCAAACGUUGUAUAGCUCACGCCAUUGGGAUGCAUUGCUCGAUUACGUGCUGAUGGCAUGGCCGUAUGUUCGCGAAACACCGGUUUACGAGAACGCUCGGCACAACGCCACCCGGCGUUACUGCUUCAAGCUGCUAGCACAUCAUGCCACCAGUGCACUGAAGCACGGAUCGAUGGCACUCGGGAAGGAACGCAUCAUUCGGCUGCAGCAGAAGCUACCAGCCAUGGCUGCAGAUUGGGCAGAAAUCGGAGACUGUGGCCGGUGCUUGAGCUACAUUUUGAACUGCAUCUAG